UGCCGACUUCAUUGUGGCAAACAAGUUGUUUUGUCAUGAUCAGCGUUGACAUGCGUUGGAGAUGUGUAGUCCUGGUGCAGGUCUAUGGGAUAGAUAUUGAAGUGGUGAUGCUUGUGCUUGGCCUAUCGUAUCGAUCAGUGGCUCGCUUCAAUGAGAUGUUCUCGAGCACUGGUUACGUCGACGGCAAGGCACGACGUGCCACUACUCUACGGUGGCCAGACACUGUGAACGCGUGGGUCAACGACUACGCAAUUGCGCAUCCCUGCUUCUAUAUCGAGGAGCUACAAGAAGCCAUCCAGCUCCAAUUUCCGUCUCUCAAAAACGUAUCACCGUCAACCAUCUGCCGAGCAUUGAUGCAUGACCUUGGACUUACCCGAAAAGUCUUGGAACGGCGUGCGCUCGAGGCUGCGGAUUUCGAGCUGCAGGACUAUUACGUGCGUUUGAAGUGUUUUUACUCCCAGGAUGGCCGCGAUGCUGUGCGGAAGUUUGCGUGGUCGAGGCGCAACACCAAGGCGAUUGUGGAUUUACCGUUUUCCAGGGGUGAACGAGUAUCGGCUCUAGCAGCCUUCACAACGUCCGGGUUUCUGGCGUGGGAUUAUGUUGAUGGUAUCGAACGGACAAAUCUUACACAAGUAUAAUUUUAGCAAUGGAAUAUCUAAAUGAGACUUGCC